AGCAAUCCCAUCUGUUUGAUAAUGAGGGGACAGUGUUCUUUGCCAUAUUUAUGGGGAUUUGGGUGACUCUAUUCCUGGAGUUCUGGAAGCGGCGUCAGGCGCGGCUGGAGUACGAGUGGGACUUGGUGGAUUUUGAGGAGGAGCAGCAGCAGCUUCAAAUGCGCCCAGAGUUCGAGAUCAGAUGCACCAACAGGAGAUUGAACAAGAUCACUCAGGAAAUGGAGCCUUAUCUCCCCAUCACCAGCAAGUGUGCUCGCUUCUGCCUCUCUACAGCCACCGUUAUAUUCUGG